GCACGGGUCGUCACUCGUCAGCCCAUUGCAGCUAGACUCGAUCGAUAAGACCCAAACGAUCCUAGCUGCUGCCUUCCCAGAUAUACUUAGCUACCUGACUAUCAAUUCUCCAUGGCGCCCGCGAAGCUCGCCGCCGUGCUCGCCGUCGCCGUCGUCGUCUGCGCCUUCGCCGCCGCGCCGGCUGCCGCGGGCGCGGGCUAUGGCGCGCCCGAGAGCUGCCAGACGCAGAUCAUGUACUUCACCAACUGCCUGGCCCGUGAUGAGAUCCGCGCCCAGUGCUGCAGCGUGGUGGAGAACGCCCAAUGCCUCUGCCAGCUGAAGCGGGAGGUGGCGGUGCCCUGCGUCCGCCACAGACGCAAAUGCCCGGUGAACGGGCCGGCUCCGCCGGCGGUGAAGCUGGCCGAGCUGCAGCGCCUCCCGUGCUUCAAGACACUCAAGUGCUAGGAAGCCUAAGCCACUUCUAAUUAAGUUUUGCAUUUCAUGCACGCACGUACGUAUGUAUUUAUGCUCGUAUUGGUAUCUCGCUUGUUGCUACUGUUUUCUCAUUCGGUUUAGCUGCUUAAUUUGGAUGUGUAGUGUCCAUGUAAGCUUCGUUCCUUUCUUCGUUUGCCACCCUCCUCCGUUAUAUGAAUGAUGAGAUGUGCUUCUGUGACUGUUCUUAAGGGGAGAAAACGCUACGGUGUGAUUUAAUUUGCUCCUGCA